AUGGUGCGCGAGAGCAAGGCGCUGGGCAGCGCUGGGCAUGAGGCAGCGCUGACGGGUGCGGUUGACGGGGCUCGCAGCGCUGGCAUGUGGCGUGUGGCUGAGCGGUGCGGGGUGCUGGCGGUUGGCGGGUGGGCUGGAGCGGGGCGUGGCUGGGCUGGGGUGGCAGCGCUGUGCGGGGGGCGUGGCUGGGCGGUCUUGGCGGCUGGCAGCGCUGGGCUCGGCGCUCGCAGGGCUGGACUGAGCAGCGCUGAGUUCGGCAGUGCUGGGCUGGACAGCGCUGAGCUUAUCAACGCUGACUUCGGCAAGGCUCGCAGGGAUGAACUGAGCUGCGUUGGGCUGGGCAGCGCUGCAUUCGGUGGAGCUGGGCUCGGUAAAGCUGGACUCUGCAGCGCUGCACUUGUCAAAGGUUAA